AGGAUUCAUAAAACAGGAGUUGAUCAGCAAGGAAUCAGUCCAAACCUUUGAACGGAGCGGCGUUACACUGAAUUCCCAUUCAUUCCAAGAGAUAUAUAGCCAGAUCUGUAUCUUUAUUUAAGUGAAGACUGCGAUUCGAAUAGUUAAUUUAGGCAGCUUAAUUUGGCCACGUUUAUCUAGAGUAGAAAAAAAAAAUACUCUGCUGCUACAUAAAGUAAGGGGUCAAAAGAGAGAUUGCAUCGGUUCACUGCUGAUCAAACUUUGCAGGACUUUUCUUCCCUCGAGUCGCAAGGGAAGUUUUUCCCCUUAUUGCAUGACCUUUUUUUUGUUUAAACUAUUCCUAAAGGACAAAUCAAGUUUGUUUCUUCUUUGAUUCCUGCGUUUGUCUGGUAUUGGAUUUUAACGAAAAUAGGAAGAGGUUCUCAAAUGCAAAACUACAUGUAUGAGAAGGCAAUGGCACCAGAGACCAGAAACGGAGGAAGCGCAACGUUAAAUAACAACAACGGCAUAGACAACAGCAAGAGGAAAUUGCUGAUAUGUCUCGAUGUCUUCUGUUUGCUUCUCGUCAUGUUGCCCCCCCUCGUGCUGCACAAGUCCGCCAUCCCGCCCUACCAGCGCGGCUUCUACUGCAGCGACGACAGCAUCCGCUUCUCUUAUAAGAGCAGCACCGUCCCCUCCCCAGUGCUGAUGGGCGUGGGGCUCAUUCUGCCGGUCGCCUCUAUCAUUAUUGGAGAAUGCUACAGGAUUCACUACCUGAAUGAGGGCUCCAAGUCCUUCAUCACCAAUCCGUACGUCUCUGCCCUCUACAAGCAAGUUGGCGUCUUCAUCUUCGGCUGCUCAAUUAGCCAGUCCUUCACAGACAUUGCUAAGGUGUCGGUUGGCCGCAUGCGCCCCCACUUUCUCGAUGUGUGCAACCCAGACUUCUCCGCCAUCAACUGCUCCCUGGGAUACAUCACGGAUUACACAUGCAGAGGGCUCGAAAGCAAAGUGCAGGAGGCCAGAAAAUCCUUCUUCUCAGGCCACGCCUCUUUCUCCAUGUACACUAUGUUGUACCUGUCGUUCUACCUGCAGUCCCGCUUCACAUGGCGUGGAGCACGCCUGUUGCGUCCCCUGCUGCAGUUCACCCUGCUCAUGAUGGCCUUCUACACCGGCCUGUCCCGCGUCUCUGACCACAAGCACCACCCCACCGACGUCCUGGCCGGGUUUGCACAGGGAGCCCUGGUGGCCUACUGCAUAGUCUUUUAUGUAUCGGACCUCUUCAAGCCUAAAGCCAAGACGGCCACCCCUCCACCCUCUCCCAUCAAGAAAGAACUGCUCCCCUCUGCAGACAUCAUAGAGCGGAACAAUCAUCACAAUAUGGUGUGACGGAGCAUUGCCCAGACAAUCUGAAGCACACCCAGGACAGACACCUGUGACCGUUGACCAGCAACCACCCUGCUGCUCACCCUUCUCAUCUGACAGUAGAAUGUAGGGAAGAGAGACCGUUUAUUCUUGCCAUUGAGACUUUCAUUUUUUUAAAUUGAGCCCUUGCUGUAGAAGAAAAAGCUAAACAAAAAACCCCCAAAAUGUGUAGGGUUUUGAGCCUCUUAACUACUUUUUGUAGAUUCACUUCUCUGACUUAAGAGAAAUAAUCACGCAUUCGGUUACGGGAGGGGUGGGGGGGUUAAAAAAAUAAUUAAAAAAUGACAAAGAAAAAAGGAAAGGGUGAAUGGGAUAUAUUGCUGGCUGAAGUGCCCUCUAGGACAUCACCAGUUAAUCCCUGUCCUUCUCUGUGGCCUUUCUUCAUAUAGGACAACAAAUUCCUUAGUAAUAGGAAUGAUUAUUUUUUCCUGAAAUGUAACUAGCACAGAUAUAUUAACAAUAUAAAUAACUUAUAGCACUAUAUCCGAGCUCAUUUCAAAUUGUCACCACUUGCUACUUGGAAGAAUAGCUAUAAGAAAGCUUGUUGAUAGUUGUAUGAUACAGAGGGGGUUCUAGCGCUCACACAAAGUGAAGAAGCCUAGGAUUAUGCAGUACCUCUUUGUCACAAGGACCUGCUUGUGAUAUUUGGAAAGAAAAGAGGUAAUACAAGUGAAAGUUUGCUUUCAUUUCCAACCCAUCAGGUUUAUUAUAGACAUUCAGAACAGUGGCCUACCACCAUGGGAUGUGGGUAAGGGGAGGGAUGCGGGAGGCAUGAUUAAGGAUUUUCUUUCUUAGGGUGAUGUAAAGUUCUCACUGCCUCCCAUCACAAGCAGUACUGUGGGCUCUUGGCUGUGCCAUGCUGCCCCUCAGUGUUGGGGUCUUCAGUAGAGGAGUUCGGGUGGGCGGAGGAAGGGACACGGGGUCUGUCGGGACAGUCGUUGGGAUUGACUCCCAUGGCAUACUGGCACAUUUUGGCAGAGGGCUCUUUCCGCUGGCUGGGAGGAGCUCCACUUACUCAAUCACUCCAUGACAGAAGUGUGUGUCCGCGAUGUACACCAGACGUGCCCCCAUCAAUGGUGUGUGUGUAGAUAAGGCCUGAACAGGUCGGGGCACCCGCAGUCAAAACUGUGCCAAGUCCGGAGUGCGUGUCGCUGAGUAACGAGAGGACUGUUACUAUGUUUUGAAAAGAAAACUGUGGAUUUAAAAAAAAAAAAAUAUUUGAUAUGGAUGCAUCUUUAACAUUUUUUAUGUUGUCUGUUAUUAACAAUAGCAAUUGUACAGUUACCCAAAUAAUUUUACAGCAUACACAAAAACCCUGUAAACAAUGACAACUCCACAAUGUUGCACAUCCUUCUCAUUGUAUAGUCCGUCCUAUCAUUUCAACCACAGCAAGCUGUUUUAUUUUUUUUAUAAAUAUAUAAAUAAUGUAUAGAUCACUAAAAAUUAACUAUGUAAAAUAUUAUCUCCGAACCUUUUUAGUUAUAUCCACUAUGAAUAAAAAGUUUGUGUCAUGACCUGUGUUAUUUACAAAGUGCUGCUUAAAAAAAGCAUUGAUUGACAGAUUUUUGUAUUUAGUAAACUAAAAUAUUGUAGAUUUGUGUAGUUUUUAAUAUGCGUAAAGAAAGAAGUACACCAACAAUUGUAUUAAAAAUCACUUUUAGUA